UGACCGGAAGUCCGUUUUUUUUUCAACACAACCUCACGCUGGUAACGAAACCUGUUUCUCCACAGACACAUGAGCAGUUUCUCUCUGGGGUAUUCAGUUUCGUUUCUUUGAUUAGUCAUGAAAAAGCAAGACACGGAAGAGUGUCCCAGCAGUCCUGGCAGUGAGGAUGCUCCACCCACGGCUUCAGGCUCGGAGUCACCUCCACCUGCUGCUGGCCAACCUGCAGCGGAGGCAGCUGGAGGCGGAUCGGAUAGAAACAGCCCCGAACAGACCGAAUCACAGAGCCCAUCCUCAGAAAGCCCUCCGCCAAGCGGCGAGGGGGGAAAUGAAGCUGCUCAGUCUCAGUGCGACAUGGCGGAGGAGCUGAGCCGGCAGCUGGAGGACAUCCUCAGCACCUACUGCCGGGAGAGUCUGCAGGACGAUGCCGGUGCCUUGCUCAACGGCCAGUCACACAGCCCAGAGUUCAACGGAUUGACCGGCGAGAAGGAAGACGACAAGUCAGAGGAGAGCAAAGUUAACGGAGCCGAGAAGGAGCAGAAGAAGACUCAGGAGAAGAAGAAAGUGAAGGGCCUGGGCAAAGAGAUCACACUCCUCAUGCAGACGCUGAACACGCUGAGCACGCCUGACGAGAAGCUGGCAGGCCUCUGCAAAAAGUACGCCGACCUGGUGGAGGAGCACCGCACAACUCAGAAACAGAUGAGGGCGCUCCAGAAGAAGCAGAACCAGCUGGUGCAAGAGAAGGACAACCUGAGAAACGAACACAGCAAGGCCAUCCUGGCCCGCAGCAAGCUGGAGAGCCUCUGCAGGGAGCUGCAGAGACACAACCGCACCCUGAAGGAGGAAGGAAUCCAGAGAACCAGAUUAGAGGAGGAGAAAAGGAAGGAGGUGACGUCUCACUUCCAGUCGACCCUGAAUGACAUCCAGGCUCAGAUGGAGCAGCACAACGAGAGGAACUCCAGCCUCCGGCAGGAGAACGCCGAGCUGGGAGACAAACUCAAGAAGCUUUACGAACAGUACAAACUACGGGAAGAGCACAUAGACAAAGUGGUGAAGCAUAAAGACCUGCAGCAACAGCUGGUGGACGCAAAGCUGCACCAGGCGCAGGAGCUGCUGAAGGAGUCAGAGGAACGGCACGACAGAGAGAAGGACUUUCUGCUGAAAGAAGCUGUGGAGUCCCAGAGGAUGUGCGAGUUGAUGAAGCAGCAGGAGGUCCACCUCAAACAGCAGCUGUCUUUAUACACAGAGAAGUUUGAGGAGUUUCAGACGACGCUGUCCAAAAGCAACGAAGUCUUCACCACCUUCAAACAGGAGAUGGAGAAGAUGACCAAAAAGAUCAAAAAGCUGGAGAAGGAAACGGCGAUGUACCGCUCGAGGUGGGAGAGCAGCAACAAGGCUCUGCUAGAGAUGGCUGAGGAGAAAGCUGUGCGGGAUCGGGACUUCGAGGCCCUUCAGGGUAAAGUCCAGCGGCUCGACAAGCUGCGCCGGGCGCUGAAAGUGGAGCGAAACGAGCUGAAGAAGAAGGUCCAGAACCUGAGCGGGGAUACCGCCGGCAUCCCUGGAGCUCCCGGGUCAGAUCCCGGGACCGAGUCUCCCUCACCCCCACCCACAGACUCUCUGCUGGAGGAGCCCAGCAGCUGUCCUGCCCCCGACGCCACUUCCUGCUUCCACUGCAGCCCACAGCUGGACACAGACGCCCUACAGGGAGACGCAAACUCUCCGCCUGUUCCUGCUCAGGAAUGAAGCAGAGCCACUCCCUCUUUCCUCCCUCGCCUCCACGUUCAAACCACCAGCUUGCACGCCGUUCCUCCUCCUCCUCCUCAGGAGGGACACCAGGCGUUAGCGGCAGAGAACGGGCUUUCCACUUUACACACAGACUGAAUCAGCAAUCCCUCCUGAAAGGAUUCAGCAAAGCAUUUAAUAGAGUUUGAUUUCCUGCAGAAAUGAAACUACUGUGAUUUAUUUAACACUUGAGGAACACAGGAAGUGGUAAUCUGAUAAAACAGCAGGUUUCAAUGAGCCGUUUGGGUCAACAGAAGUUUGAGGUUAUUGGUGCGGAUGUUUGUUUAAAUGGUGGUGACUAAAGGAAAGGGUUUCAUUCCUUUUUUUUUUUUUUUUUUAGCAUAUUGACUUUAGUGAAUUUCUAAUAUGAAUGCUAACAGCAAAGCUGAUGAUUCCAUGUGAUUAUUAAGGGAAUUUAGUGUUUUUCUUUCUGGCUACAGGUUACCAUUCUGCUCCUUCUUUCCUCGGGUCGCAGACAUCUUUUCCUCCUCUGAACCCUACUUUUCAUUUAGAGUAUUUACUGGCCUUAUAAAACGUUCUAAAACAUAUUUAAUUUGUUCUCUAAUGCUGGGAAAACCAUCCACCUCCUGAUUCACGUCAUUUAAGUUUGCUUAAAAUAUAAACCACUAAAGUCCUCUUCAGCUGCGUUUUCCAUUCCUCCUCUAAGAUGUAUUUUCUGUUGUUCUCUCCAUCAUGACAGCAGUGGUUUGGAAUCAGGUUUUAUUGCAGGAGAAUGUUCAAGUACCUCUAUGCAACGCUUGCAUCUUGGUUUUAUCGUGAGACGAGCACUUAGCUUGAAUGUAUGUUCAUUUAUGGAUGUAUAUACUUUAAAAAUAGACUCGAUGUCUCACAGCGGAAUGCCUUCUUGUGGGAAAUGUAGGGGGGGGACCAAUAAUAUAGAGCUGCUUUUAUUGUUCGGCUUGGAGUUCUAAGUUGGUGCAGCGACUGAGCCAAGUGGGGGAAAAUGGAGCGAUUUUUGUUUUAAACUUCUGAAAUGUUUCACUCACUAACAUAUCUGCUUCUCGUCUGAAUGGUUGAAUAUGUAGCUACGGUAAAGCGGUGACACUUGAAACAGAAAUGUCUAAACUUAGUCUCUUCCAUGGUCCCGACGGACACAUUCAUUGUUUUCUAGUUCAUUUGGGCAUAAGAAGGAACCAAAGAUGUUUCCUUUUUGUCUUUUGCAGUACUUUUAACUGACCCUAUAAAUAUAUAUAUAUAAUUUUUUUUGUUCAAUAAAAAGCUGUGUAUGUUUCGUUUA